UUUCCUUCUCUUGAAGAUUGCAUGUGGUACUAUUUAUACAAGACGCUUUCGUCAAGCAGGGACGAGACAGGUCCGACUUCAGUCACCGUUCGGACGUUCACGAGGAUCUGGAACCAUGCAUCUCGGAAGAAACACCUGUUGCUUAAUGCUGCUCGUCGCAGUUCUGGCUGCUGGAGGGAGGACCGAGCAAAGUGCUGAGAAGUGCCACGAAGGUGCAAUGAGUGAAAAAGAGGACCACUCAGAAGAACUGGGCUAUCGUGGCCGACCACAGCGUGACCACAACCGUUUCCUGGCUCACAGGGAUGGCGCCAUGGAAUCUGGUGAACACGGCUCCGAAGAGGACCGGGCAUUUGAACGGCUCUCUUCUUUGGCCAGGUAUGCGAAGUCGAAGCUCCCGUUCGGCAGUGGAGGAUCGAGGACCACGGAGAAAAGAAGCCGUUCGUGUAAUAAGGAGUGAUUAAUUUCUCUACCCAAUUGAACAAUAAAGAGAGUACUUUUCACAGCAUGGA